AGGCCGAGUCAGGCCCAGCAGCAGCAGCAGGCGCUUCCCCCGACCACGCGCCAGAAUGAAUACUUCGUGCCCCGCGACGGCAUCGACCGUGAGGUUAUCACAUCAGACAUUUGCAGAUACCUAGGGCACGAUGCGCUGGUGCGGCCUGGCACAUACGAGUCACCAGACGGCCGUGUCACGCAAGGCUACUUCAUUACGGCCUAUCGCAACUUGACAUCAGCAAUGAUCCAAGAUCUCAAGCAGGACUCGGCUCGGUGGGAGCAGGAGAGACGUGCAGCGUCCAGGUCUUCAGGCGGUGGUGCCGGAGGUACAAUGCACUCAAGCCAACCGAAUGGCGCGUAUUUGAGAAGCUCUAACUCGCCCGUAGGCGCUCGGGAGCAAGCUCGUGGUGGGCCGUCUGACUACAGCACGUGGAAGAACCGCCAACAACGGGACCAAGAGACCUUCACGGACUACGGAGCCAUGGACAUUGACUAUCCCUCGGUCCCCAAUCCGGCCAAGAAUGUUGGCUACAAUGCCGUCCCAUACACGGGAGUUCCAGCUCCCGCCUACCCCCCGGCCGCGUACCCACCCCAGGCGCACCCUGCUGCUCCUCAGUUUGCCUCCCAACCCUACGGAUACCCGGGCAACCUGCCCGCUGGAUACUCAUCCCAACCCCAGACUGCCACGGACAGGUAUCCGGGGAUGGCGCCGCCUCCUGCCAUGGCCCCGGCCUUUGCCCAGGACACUGCCUAUAUCCGCGGGUCGGACUUCCGGACGGGUUAUGGGGCUCCCCCGCCCAAUGUGAUGCCAAUGCCUCUCACUUCUGGUGCCCCUUCUAGGACUUUUCCCGCUCCCACAGGAGGUGCCCCGGGCUAUGGCGGAGACACGGAUAUUUAUGGCUAUUCGACAGCUGCUGGAAACACGGCUAACCAGGCCUUUCCUCAAGAUCCUCAAUACGGCCGCGUCCCCCGACCCCCGCAGGGCUACGGCGCCGUUCCGGAACCGCAGUUUGAUGACCAAAAUUCCGGCCUGCCUCCCGCACCCGUCGCCCCCAAUGCCGCGCCUGCUCCAAUGCCCAAUAAUGGACAACCGGCCGCACGCCGUGACCGUGACUCGGAGCCGAGAGAACGAGAGCGAGACCACCAUCGGAGUCGUCGCACAGAGCCGGACCGCGAAGACAGACAUGCUGCAGAACGAGAGCGGCGUCGCCAUCGCUAA